AUAUAUUUCUAGACAUUGCUUGCUUCUUCAAUGGCAAGGAAAAGGCUCGUGUAAGAAAGAUACUAAAAGGUUGUGGCUUUACUUCCGGAUUAGGAAUAGAAAACCUGGUUGAAAAAUCUCUGAUUAAAAUUCAAAGGGGUAAACUGUGGAUGCAUGAUUUACUAAGGUGUUUGGGCUGGCAUAUUGUUCGUGGGGAAUCGCCGAAUCUCCCGGGAAAACGUAGCAGGUUGUGGCUUGAUGAUGAUAAAGGCAGAAGUUCGUGGUUUUUUGAGGAUGCUCGUAACGUGCUUAUGGACAAUACGGGAACAACUGCUGUUGAAGGCCUAUUCUUAAGCUUACCUGAAAAAGAAGAAAUCCCUUUGAACUCUGAUCCGUUAUUUGGUUUUUGGAGAAGAAACUCUGACCCAUUCUUAAGUAUGAGCAAACUGAGAUUGUUGAAGAUUUGCAAUGUAAACUUUCUGAAUGUGCGCUUGUCAAAUCCGUGUGAAAACUUGCGGCUUUCGGAAUGGCAUGAAUGUCCUUUAAAAUCUCUGUCAUCUUGGUUAGUAUUGGGACAGCUGGUUGAACUCAGGAUACCAAAUAGCCACAUUAGAACAUUAUGGGAUGGAUCGCAGGUCAAGCUGAACAUGCUAGUACGCAUGGAUCUUUCCAACUGCCGAUAUUUAACCAUGACCCCAGACUUGAGUGUGGCCCCAAAUCUUGAAACAUUGAUCCUUGAAGGUUGUACAGAGUUAUCAAAGGUUCACCGUUCCAUUAUGGAACUCCGACGUCUGGAUUUAUUGAAUUUGAAAGGCUGCGUGAGUCUUAAGGAGCUUCCGGAUGUAAUCAACCUUCCGUCUCUCCAAACCUUUAUUCUUUCAGGAUGUACAAACCUCGGAAAGUUUCCUCGUAUUGUGGAUCACAUGGAUACCUUAUCAGAACUCUAUUUAGAUGGCACGGCUAUUCAAGACCUGGAUUUAUCAUUUGGGUAUUUAAGAGGCCUUGUUUUACUAAAUCUAAGCGGUUGCAAGAACCUUCGGGGACUUCCAUUUUCCGUCGGUUUGAUGCGAUCGCUGAAGUAUCUGUAUUUGUCAUUGUGCUCGAGGUUGGAAACACUGCCAGAACAGAUAUACUAUAUGAGCCGGUUGGAGGAGCUGGAUGCGUGUGAAACUGCUAUAAAAGAAUUCCCCGAAGACAUUUUUCUUGGGUCACAGAAUCUCAAACUUUUGUGUUUCCAUGGAUGCUCUGAACUACGCUUGCGGAGACAUGCACCAUGGGGGCGGGCGCCAUUUUUGACAACACUAAAUCUAGGAGGGUGCAAUUUAGCAGAAGGAGACAUCCCUGAUGAAAUUGACAUUUUAUACUUGCUGCAGAUUUUGGAUUUGAGUGAAAACAAUUUUCUGAGCAUACCAAGAAGCGUCUGUCAACUUCCUGAGCUUCGAGAAAUUUCUGUGCGUGGUUGUGCCAAGCUACAGUCGUUGCCGAGUAUUGAUCCACCUUCUAUAAAGUAUGUGGAUAUAAGGGGUUGUACAGCGCUGGGAAAUAAUUAUUCCGACCGCUGGAGGAUAUUGCCUGACGGUUUGCGCAUCAGAAACUGUCCAAGAUGGGAUGAUCGGCAUCCUCCAUCAGGUGUGGAGUUCCAUCAAUUUCAUCGAAGUCUUCCCUAGGACCAAGUCCCACAUCAUGAUUUGCCGCAUGUACAUGACUACAUCAGCAUUCAGUUAUUGGAAAUGUUAUUUACAUCUUUUAAUUUGCAAGGCCUUUUCAUUUCUCUUCCCUGUCAAUUUUAGUCUCCCGUGCCUUGUUUGUCAUUGCUGCCAGAAUUGCAAGGUUCAGUAAAUUAGAGCAUAAGCAGAUGAGACGUAUAUGUUUAUAUACAUUAAUGCGGAG